GUUGGACUUUUUUUACUGUUCGGUGUCUAAAACUUGGGAGAGUUCGUGCGGAACCGGGAGGACGGACCCGCUGGAGUUCGGAUCUUUCGACGGAUUAAAAGACGGGAUUGGAUUCUUUUGUGGAGUUCGGAUCCAAAUGCGUCCGGACCGGCCGCUGAACCCGCACGAGCCCCGGGGACAGACGGACACAGACGCACGCGCAGCGGAGCCUCGGCGCAGCGGGAUCCGCGCGGACUCACCGGCCUGCGCGCGUUCAUGUGUCCGCUCCACACCGGCACCAAGGUUUCUACUUCCUGUGACAUCAUCACAACAUGCCUGAGGGGUCGCGGCGUGGCAGCCAGAGAUCGCCUAGCAACACAGCUGCCAAGCGUCCGUCCUCGGUCUCCUCUCUCAGUGGGAUUGUGGGUAGGAUGAUGUCCUCGGGUGACCGCGGCGCCUCCUCGUCCUCCUGCACCUCCGUCAACACCGUUUGCUCGGAUGGUGAGCGUCCCGCCUCCCUGUCUCUGUCCUCCUCUGCCUCCUCCGUCUCCCUGCAGGACGCCUCCCACUCGUCCUCUUCGUCCUCCUCGUCUUCGCUGCCGUACGGCGCCGUUCCCACGUACAACGCCUCGUCCUCGUCCUCGUCCUCGUCCACGCCGAAGAGGAACAGCUCCGACAUCAGCCUGGACCUCACUCCCCUCAUUGGUGGAGGCGGGGCAUGUGUCGCCAAGGCGAUGGGAGGCCACGCCCUCCCGGUGCCGGCAGCGCCAGAGGCCACGCCCAGACAGCUGUCACGGCAGGAGCGAGUGGUUCUGGAGAUCGUAGAAACCGAACAAGCGUACGUCAGAGAUCUGAAGAGCAUCGUAGAGGACUAUCUGGGCUGUAUCAUCGACUGUGGAACUCUGCCGCUGAAGCCAGAACAGGUCAGCACUCUGUUCUGCAACAUCGAAGACAUCUAUGAGUUCAACAGUGAUCUGCUGGAGGACUUGGAGCGGAGUCCUGACGCCGCCGCCAUCGCUGAAUGCUUCGUUGAACGGAGUGAAGCCUUUGACAUCUACACCCUCUACUGCAUGAACUACCCCAAUUCGGUGGCGGUUCUGAGGGACUGUAUGAAAAACCAAAGUCUGGUUCGAUUCUUCCAGGAGCGACAAGCCACACUGAACCACAGUUUACCUCUGGAGACGUACCUGCUCAAACCUGUGCAGAGGAUCCUCAAGUACCACCUACUGCUGCAGGAACUUUCCAAACACUUUGACAAGCGAGAGGCUGGAUAUGAGGUGGUGGAGGACGCCAUCAUCACCAUGACGGCGGUGGCGUGGUACAUCAACGACAUGAAGAGGAAACAGGAACACGCCGUACGCCUGCAGGAGAUCGAGGCCCUGCUGCUGAACUGGACCGGUCCAGACCUCAGUGGCUUUGGUGAACUGGUUCUAGAAGGUUCUUUCAAAGUCCACAGAGUGAAGAAGGAGAGGGCGUUCUUCCUGUUCGAUAAGAUGCUGCUGAUCGCAAAGAAGAGGCUAGAACACUUCGUCUACAGCACGCACAUAUUCUGCUGUAAUUUGCUCCUGGUGGACACUCUGAAGGACCCGUUGUGUUUUAAAGUCUCAGACCAGACGAUUCCCAAACAGCAGCACAUGGUCCAGACGAAGAACCAGGAGGAGAAGAGGCUUUGGGUUCAUUACCUCAAACGACUGAUCGUAGAAAACCACCCGACGUCGCUGCCGCAAAAGGCCAGACAAGUCCUGGGAGACAACUUCUGUCCAUCUCCUCAGUUCGACCAGGACGACCUGAAGCAGAGUUCAGCUUCACCUCGACUCGACGACAUCCACGGCUUCCACAGAGGACGGCGCCAGUCAGAACCUCCAGAGCUGCUCAUGUACACACCUGAGAAAUCCAGGAAGAGUUUACCGCUGUUACUGGACGGAAACCUGCAGACGUACAGACGAAGCAGGAGGCAGUCAGCUCCGGCCAAAGACAUCGAAGCUGCAUUUCAUCCUGGUGCUCUGAAGGCAGCGGGCAGCGAGGGCGAGCUGUGUCAGGCUGACAGUCUUGGCUCAGCAGGAAGCAGCAGCACCCUGGCCUCAUCCGUCAUCGAGGUGGAGGCGGAGCGGACUGAACCCGCCCGGACCACGCCCCUGCCGCCACUCAAAGCCAACCAGGAGGAGGAGGAGGAAGACCAGGAGGAGGAGGAGCUGCCUCUGAGUCCUCCUCCCACACUGUCCAUCACAGAGGAGAUCCUGGAGUUCAUCAACCAGAGCCGAGCCAGAGAAGGACUAUCCACUAUCUACUCUGAAACCUCAGUCAGAACCCCGGAGCAGAUUCUGGAUCAGUCCAAAGAUGUGCCUCCGCCUCCGAACUUCACCUGUCCACUGCUCCCCACUGCUUCCCCCCCCAGCCCAGUACCCACAAUGCAACAGGAGGACAGAGAGGUCAUAGAGGGUGAGAACAAGACUGAUGGCUCUGCAGAGGAAAACGGUCCGGAAAACAAGACGACGAUGGAAGAGCAAGAAAUUGCAGAAGUUGGAAAAGAAGAGGGGGAUGGAGAGACACAAGAAGAAGGGGCUGAAAAAGAGACAGAGGAAGAAAUAAAAGAUGAAGUGGAGGAGAUCUCUGUCUCUGCUGAGGGUGAAAACGACUUAAACCAGGAAGUGAAUUUAGAUAAAGAUGCCUCCCAUCAUCUAAAAAGAGGAUCCCACCUCAGCAAACGGGACAAGAAGAUCAUCGAAAAGAUCAGGAGUUACUACGAGGCAGCAGCUGAGGCCGAGAAGGACGAAGGAGAGGAGGAGGAGGAGGAGGAGGAGGAAGGUGGAGGAGGGACGCCAAGGAGGAGGAGCAGCUUCUCACAAAUCCCGUCAGGUUUGGUGAAGGAGUCGGUGUCACGCUUCAGUGUGGGUGGGCAACCGGAGAGUGAAUCGACUGAUCCAACAACCAAUCAAGGCCCCGGUCCAGACAUCAAAUCUGGAUCUCUUGCGGGUCUGAGUCUUUCAACUGAAGCAGAAGCUGAUGGACCAAAAAGCCACCUCAGUUCUGAAGGAGAUGAAGAAAGUGCUCCACAGAAACAGAGUGAAGUCCAGCCAGAGUCGACUGAGCCUGAUGGAGAACAGAGCAAGACUCGGGGCAAAACCGAAAACAACGGGAAAAUGGUCGGAGAGGACAGAACGGUGCAGAAAACUGAUGAGGCCAAAGGUUUGUCAGGGACAAACGGGUAUGGACCAAACCAUCCAGAACCACAUGAGAACCACACACAAGCCUCUGCACCUGCAGGACAAAAACCUGGAACCAAAAUGGACUCCACCUGGAUGAGAACCAAACACAGAGACGUCACCAAAAAUGACGUGGAAGCUCUUCCCAGUCAGAUAAAAGUCGGUCGCUGGUCCCGUCACUCCAGGAUCGUCACUGCCAACCGGGCGUUGUUUGAGGGCAUGGCAUCAGAUGUAGCCGGUAUUGGUUUAUUUGAGGCCAGCCCAGCGGUGGACCCAGUACUGAUGGAGAACUCUGAGCGAAUACUGAAUAAAGUCCAAACACUAGCCAAAAUGUACAGUGUCAAGGCCGGUGCCAUGAAGGCCCCCCUGCACCAUAAACGGACCGUCCUCAACCAAACCUGGGGCGCUGCAAGACUGUCAGGAUUCUUAUCACAGACCCAAACAAAAACCCUGAUCCACAAAGAAUCAGAAACACGGAGUCAAACCACAUACAGAACAGAGCCUGACAAACCAGUGAAGCACGACACCCAUCCAACCCAAACUGAGGGAAAGGUUCAGAACCAGACAAUAACUAAAACAGAAACUAGGCAGAUCCAAACCAAAAACCAAAUGUGGAGUCAAAUGAAGACUUACAGCAAGUGUCAAACUCAAGCCACGAUCCAGGAGGACCAAAGGAUCACAGAAGACCGAAGUAUCAAGGAGGACCAAACGAUCAUGGAAGACCGAAGGAUCCAGGAGGACCGAAGGAUCACAGAAGACCGAAGGAUCCAGGAGGACCAAAGGAUCAUAGAAGACCGAAGGAACCAGGACGACCAAAAGAUCACGGAAGACCAAAGGAUUCCAGAAGAUGAAAAAAUCCAGGAGGACAAAAGGGUCCAGGAGGACAAAAGGGUCCAAGAGGACCAAAGGAUCCAGGAAGACCCAAGGAUCCAAGAAGACCAAAGGAUCCAGGAGGACCAAAGGAUACAGGAGGACCCAAGGAUCCAAGAGGACCAGAGGAUCCAGGAGGACCAAAGGAUCCUGAAUGAGAAGAGGGUGAAGACAGCAGAGAGCCUGAUAAACGACUCCCAGGUGACGGUCAUCAGUGAGCCCCGCCCCUCUGGUCAUGUGACCAUCAGCGAACAGCAGAUGCCGUCUUGUCCAGUCCAGACGAACAGAUUCACCCUGUCCAGGCCGCGGGACUUCAUCAGUGCCCUGAACAAAGACAAGGAGUCCAGGUCAGCUGAUGGCGCUCAGACCUCCACCACUUCUGAGGAACAUCAUCAUCAUCAUCCUCUGUCGUCCAGCGUCACCCCCCAGGACGGGAGCUUUACCACCGGACAAACCUCUGCUGACGUGGCCCUGGUCUGGUGGUCUGCUGAGACCCCCCUGAUGCCCACCACGGCCCUGGAAGACCACGUCAUGAACGACACCAGCGAGGUUUAUCUGAAGAAAAGGUCCAAGCUGAUCCAUGACUCCGCAUCUGAAAACAUCAUCACUGAGUUAAAUCAGUGUUUGGACAUUCCCAAAGAUGGACAGGAAGACGGACAGGAACGGGACCGGACUGUUCAGAAUCCACAUCCCAGAUCUGAACAGAAGAACAAGCUUGAAGAUGUCGAUGUCCCUGGAGAGCUAUCGAUGAUGGUUCCCACACAGAGCCAGGCUUUUCCAGAGGACUACAAAGAAGCCCCACCCCCAGCUGACGGAGGUGCAGACACACCCCUCUGGGAAUCCGGAUGCCCCAGGCAAACCCAGAUACCUACAGAACAACUUCCACCCACAACCUUUGACCCUAACUGCUCAGUGACAGAGAGCCCAGUCGGCAACCCAAGAGAGGAUGAAGCAGGUGAACGGUCGCCGGUUCGAAUCCCACCUCGGCCUCCGUCAGUGGCGUCUGUGGACCGUCUGCCAACGUUCACCAGCCAGAGGCCUCUAGACCUUCACACUGCCAACACCUGCGACGUCAGCCACAGAUACCAGAGGGAGGCAGACCAGAUGGCGUCACCAUCCCCCACCGGUCUGGACAGCUUCGGCCUCUCUUUGGGCUCUUCUUACAGACCUUCCUUGCAGACGUCCAGCCUGGUGGAGGACCCCGACCUAAACCCAACCCCCUCAGCGUUCAGACCCAGCCUCCGCCACCGUUCGCCCUCUCCCAUUAGAGCAUUCUCCGCCUCCUCCACCCUUCCCACCUCUGUCCGAACAACACCAUGCUCCUCGCCUUUUAUGGUCGCUCCGUCAUCCUCUCCCACCCCAGAAGUCUCCAGAGAGCCUCCGUUCGUUAGAGCUUCCCCUGGUCCCUCAUCUUUGUCGUCACGGUGUCCGUCUGUCAGAGCACCUCCUCCAUCCUCCCCUACACCUUCUGCUUCCCUUCGUUCUUCCCCGUGCUCAUCACCCAUCACCUCUGCGUUCUCUAGAUCUUUAGCUGCUUCCUGCAUCAGCCAGUCUAUCAGUCAGAGUAUGGCGAAAAAGAAAGCUCCACCCCUUGCAAAUGUAAACCAAAGUCCGUCUUGCACCCCUCCCUUACUGCCCUCUCUGCCUAAACGGUGCUCCCCUUCGCCCAAACACCUGCAGCAGAGUUCCACCACGACCGCUAAAGAUAGACACCAACAUCCAAAGUGUCCACCGUCGUUUCUGUGGUCUUCCUCUUCACCAUCGUCGGGGCCUCAUCACUCUCUUUCCCCAUCUACGGUGCACUGUCAGCCCCUCAACUCAUACCCGUACUCCCCCGUGGAACCCUCAGCGAAUACCAACAACAACAACAGCAUGAGCAGCUGUAGCGUUAACAGCGCCGGCAGCAACAGGGCUUGGUUCGCUAACGGUGAUGCCAACGGCACCGUCAUGCAGCAGACCUGUGAUCCUCUGUGGUCAGGAUCGCACAAUCGUGUUGCUCGACCCUUCUCUGCAUCCGAACCCAGCUCAAGAGUUCAGUCUCCGACCCUCUCCACAACGCCUGUCUCGUUUUCCCGCCUAUGUUCCCCCCCUCCACAGCAUAAUUACGCCUCGCCCAUGGCAAACAAACCUCCCCAUCCCCGGAGAACACGAGUAGGAAGUUCCCAUAAUCCACUAGGCCUCACUUUGGACUUACCCAGGGCUUCUUCAACAAGUGCAGCUGCUGUCCAGUCCUCAUACAUGAGCCCUCAGAUUCUGUCCCCACCUCCUAUUGGCGUUUCAGUCAACGUUUGGGCCAAUAAUGUAGCAGCACCUCAGCCCAGAAAUCCAAGGUUAACCACCUCUUCGCCUUUUUCUCCCUCGUUAACCUCACCCACUUUUCACCAUGCCUCUUUUCCCACUUUCUCUUCAUCUAUGCGUAGUUCCAGAGCUUCCUCCCCUACACUGUCCUGCUCUGCUGCGUCCCAAACGUCCUCCCAAACCCUCCGUAGGUCUUUCUCCACCAAUCUGGCAGACAGACCCCCAAGUCCAGCCCGGAGCAAUCCUAGUGGACUGCGCCGCUCCUGGGCAGAGAGCAGCCGCAGGUCCCUUGAUCUUAAUGCAAGUGGUCAAGGACUAUUUGACCACCAGGGAUCUGGUCCACCCAGUCCAAGGAAUGGGUGGUCCUCGUACUGUGCCUCACCAUCCUGCCUCAGCCCCCGAGCUGGGCGUCAGUCUCCAAGUUCACCAGGCAGGCUUACCUCAGGGAAGGGCAGCCUCGGUGGGCAGCAUUUCACUAGUGUCCCUUGGCCGGAUGUCCGAGAGCUUUCGAACAAAUAUAAAGGAUUUGACAGCCCUGAUGCUAGCGCUACUUCCAGCAUCGUCACAUCUGCACCUUGUCCUCUCGGGUCGGUCUCCCAAAUCCCCCUCCUCCUCCAACGUGCGCCGUCAGAGAGUCAGGCAGACUGGGAAGAUCCAGAGCUGGAAGACGGUACCUGCCGUACCCAGCUCAUCUGCGCUUACGUCGCUCAUCCUCCCCGUGAACCAAACCCCUCACCUGCAUGUUCAGUAGGCUCCUCCUCAAGCUUCACAUCCCCUCUCCACAAAAAUCACCAAGCCCAAAUCAAACCUCAGCCUAAGGUUCAACGUCCCUCCACAACCUCUCCUGUAGCACCAGUUUCCUCCCCCUUAUCCUUAAGACCUUCACCGCCUCCCUUCACCCAGUCAUCUUCUGUCAAACCCGGGAACCAAAGGACCAGCUAUGCCACCACGGUUAACCUCCAAAUUGCUGGAAGUGGUAGAAUAACCUCCUUCAGCACAGCCCAAGUAAGCCUGACCCAAACUCUGCAGGGUGGGGCACCGAGUCAGGGGCAACUGACCAGGAGAGUAAGUAUCAACGGACUGUCACACCUUCCAUCCCCUCUUCCUCAGAACUGAAAAGGGCUGUGAGCCACACCGAGGACUUGUCCCUCCAUAACCCGAUCAGACAAGAACAUGAAGUGUUCUCUUGAAUUAUCAUCAAAAUGCAAAGUUUCUACAAGUCCAGGCCUUCCACUGUGGUCACUAGGUAGAUAUAGCAGAUGUCCCCCCCAGCGUACCAUGAAGGAACCCCAGCCUUCUCAACCAGACCAACGUGGUGAAAAGGAUCUGCUCAACGGUCUCCAAGAAAGCACAGGAUACUUGACCCAAAGAUUUGUUGAGACUUUUUGGCUCCGCUGACAUUCAGACACACAUCCGAUGUUUGCGCCUUCUGGAACAUUUAUUUACAGAACUUUAAAAAAAAAUCAUCUACACAUGCUGGGCUAAUGGUUUGGAGUGGACGUUAAUGGAAUGGCUUUGAAUAUUCCAAUGUCGUAUGUACACAUUGGUGAAAAAUUAAAGGAAAACCACCAAGGUGUUGUUCCGUCGUAUGCCUCCACUGAACCUUCAGCGCACCUCGGCAGUGACGAUUGUAAAAAUGGAAUGGAACAAAAAAUAAUGGCUACUGAGAUAAAAGUUAAUGAUAUGUUCUUUAAUAUCCAAAACCUGUGGAAAUGCAGGAUGUUGAUGGAACCAAGGUUCUAAGAAACUGGAGCCGGAGCUCAUUUCACUGAGUCCAUGUGAAUCUGUGGUUCUGGUUCUGUGGUUCUGGUUCUUUUCAUAUUCAACUGAGAAACCACAAUCGGAAAAUGAAAAAAUGACUCAUUAUUUCAUUAUUCAUGUACAAAUCAAAAAUCCUAAAAAACAGUUUUUCAUUCUGUCGAUUGUACGCACAAAUUAAAAAUUGAAAAUAAUCAAAUGUGUCGGGUCAGUGGAUCUGUCGAUUAAUUGGAUUUUAUUUUCAGACACAAAAGAAAAACUAGUGAUUAAAUGACUUUUGUUCUGAAAUUCAAGAAUUAAAAUUGAAUUUCAAGGCGUUUUUCUUUUUCAGUGUCAAAACAGAUGAAGCAAAUUUUAAAAAACUUUUGUCUUAAAGAUUUUCAUUUUUUCUUUCUAGUAACAAAAAAGAAACUUAUUACCGAUAGAAAUGGAAAAACCGACCAAAAACGCCUGUUUUUUUUUUUUUUUUUUCAUUUUCUGAGAUCAAAUGUCAUUUUC